AUGCCGGACUUUGUAAUAAUUACCUUUAGCUGUAGACAAACGAGGCGGACCAAAUAUUAUGCGAAUGGGUCAAGUGAAAGUCAUCCUUUCUUGGACAUUAGCUACCAGACUGUCAACUCAAGAAAUGAAGGCGAUGAAAGAGGUUUAUUGGGACUAGCAUUUCAUCCCAAUUUUCGACAAAAUGGCAGAUUCUUUGUGUAUUAUUCCACACUACUUGAGCGCCAUAAUGACUUAAUGAAUAACAACCAUAAGAUCCGCAUCAGUGAGUUUCUAGUGUCGAGCCUGGAUCCUAACAUCGCAGAUGCUGGGAGUGAGAGAGUGAUUUUAGAAGUGGAGGAACCCUUCUGGAACCACAACGGAGGAGAGAUUUUAUUUGGAGAUGACGGUUAUUUAUAUAUCUUUGUGGGAGAUGGUGGGUCCAGAGGAGAUCCCCUGGGAAACGGUCAAAAUAGGAGCACCCUCCUGGGUAAAGUGUUGAGGAUAGAUGUGGAUACAGAGUUGGAUUAUCCGUUUCCCUACAAGAUUCCCCUGGAUAAUCCAUUUGCCAAUCACUCAAUGUUCCGUCCUGAAAUCUAUGCAUAUGGAGUUAGAAAUAUCUGGAGGUGUGGAAAAGAUAGAGGGGAUCCUCGCACAGGAGAAGGUAAGGGAAGAAUAGUGUGUGGUGAUGUUGGCCAGUCAGCACAUGAAGAAUUAGAUUUACUGAUCAAGGGAGCUAACUAUGGAUGGAAUGCCAGAGAGGGUCCAGCAUGUUAUGAUAGAGAAAUCUGUGGACACAUUGGACCAGAAGUUUUUCCCAUCCAUUCUUACCCUCACAGGGUGGGAAAGUCAAUUACUGGAGGUCAUUUCUACCGGGGCUGUCUGAAUCCUAAUCUCAAUGGAUUCUACAUCUUUGGAGACUUCAUGAAUGGCCGAUUGUUCCGCCUUCUCCAUGACCGCCAAACAAAUACCUGGAAUAACAAGGAGUUAAACAUGUGUGGCCCGGAGAUGUGUACCCCACCCCUGAUCAAUUAUUACGAGCCUCAUAUUCUGUCAUUUGGAGAGGAUGAAGGAGGUGAAGUGUACAUGCUGUCUACUGGACGGGCUAGCUCAGCAGACUCCAGUGGAAAAGUCUACAGAAUUGUGGACCCAGCGAGGAGAGGUAACCCUGAGCAAUGUGCCUCAGCUAGAUUGAGUGGACCCCUCCCAACACCACCCCUCUUCACCACUAGUCUCCCCAUUGUAACCCCGCCCACCACCACAACACAGCGUCCAAGCAGGGCCACAAGUACGGCGUCUCCAGUGACCACCACGACUUCGGGCAGAGUUGGUAAGCGGAAGAGAAAAAGGAAGCGGAAAGAGAAACGGGAUAGGAGACGGAAAAAGAAAAAGCGACGUAAUAAACAUCAUCUACGUAUAAAGGGAAUCCGGAUAAAGUGGUGUUCGAAAAGACCCGGACUUAAAAUGUGCAGAAAUAAAUUCGCAAAUAAUCCAGCACCGGUCAAAACGGACCGGAACAAAUAAUUUUGUUUCAAAAUCUCAAGUAUUGUUUGUGAAAGUUGAAUCCAAUUUUCUUUGUUGAUCAUCAUACAUUAAACAAUUUGAAAUAUAAA